AAGUCAGUGAUGAUUAUGAGAUAGUAUGUGAUGCUUCUGAGAUAGUAAGUCAUUGCGGUUCUGCAUUGCGUUGCAAUGAAUCUUUUAUUUUGAAAAUGUUGGGAUUUCCGGUCGGGGCCGUCGCUGGUGUUUAAAACAUGGAGGGAGAGUUUUCAUGAUGAAACACACGUAGCGUCACGUCGCUGUAUAUAAGCUAUACACAUUCUGUUUAUACAAGCUGUCAGUACCUCUGCCUUAUGUAUGGACAGCAUGUGAGAGUCAGGUGUUAUAAAGUGUGUCGUGAUGCAGGAGUCACAGUCUGUGGUUUUCUUUGACCUGGAGACGACUGGACUGGGUCAGAGUUGUGACAUCGUCCAGUUGGCGGCAGUGAGUGGAGGACACUUGCUCAACCUUUACGUCCUCCCACGCUGUCGGAUGGAGCCGGGAGCAGCCAGAGUCACUGGCUUCAGGGUUCGCAGACAGAGGCUGUACCUCCAUCGCCAGCUUGUCCUCACCAAUUCCCUGCGAGAGGUCCUGGUCUCCUUUAUAGCUUUCCUUCGAAUGCUCGGACGCCCGCUUGUCAUCGGCCACAACAUUCGUCGCUUCGACUGCCGUCUGCUGUCUCGAGCUCUUGACGAACUGGACCUCAAACGGAUUGCUCAUCGAUCCUCGGGCUGCGUCGACACUCUUCCAUUGGCCAGUGAGAUGCUGAGGGACGCUGCCUCCAAGAGUUUUCGACAGGAGAUUCUGGUGAAGGAGCUGCUGGGUGUGACCUACAAGGCCCAUGAUGCUUUGGAGGAUGUGCGAGUGCAGGCUCUCUACAGUGUGCUUCAGCCCACGCAGAGUUAGUUUGAGCAUAUGUUUACUCUGGACACCAUGGAGCCUUAA